AUGACGGGGGAAAUAGUCUAUGCUGAUCUGAAUGUGCCCUCCGAAUGGCCCUGCCUGAGGCCCCCCCAGGCAUCUCAGCACCUCGACGGCUCUGGGUGCAAACUCUGCCCUGCGACCUGGCUGCUGCACAGAGACAAGUGCUAUUGGGUCUCCCGAAAAAUGAAACCGUGGAACGAGAGCCGUGACGACUGUUCCACAAAGCACUCUCAGCUGCUGGUGAUCCGGGACAGGGAGGAGAUGGAGUUCAUAAAGAAUAGUACACAAAGUUCAACUUUUGUGUGGAUUGGACUUUCUCUCUCGUCCCGGGGGAAGACCUGGAUCUGGCUGAACGGCUCCCAGUUAAAUCAGACUCUGUUCCCAUUACCGGUUCAAGACAACGGAAAUAGCUGUGGGGCAGUGAAGGGGAAUCAGAUUCAAUCUGACGCCUGUGCCGCUGAAUAUGAAUGGAUUUGUCAACGGGAGGCUGUUCUGAUAUGAACAGGGGAACUAGUGGCAUUUUUAUGAUGUAAAUAAAAUGUAGUAAACACAAUUGUAAAGUGCUUUGAAAUUCUCCAAUGAAAGCCCCUAUAAAAUGGAAAGUCUCAUUAUCCCCAUUUUACAGAUAGGGAAACUGAGGCAUGGAGAGAGGAAGUAUUGACCUGCUCAAAGAUACACAGCCAGAGGAAGAGCAGGCACUGAACUCCUGACUUAGGAGUUUGCCAGAAGCUGGGAAUGGGCGACAGGGGAUGGAUCACUUGAUGAUUCCCUGUUCUGUUCAUUCCCUCUGGGGCACCUGGCAUUGGCCACUGUCAGAAGACAGGACACUGGGCUAGAUGGACCUUUGGUCUGACCCUGUAUGGCCAUUCUUAUGACUUACUGAAAUUUUUCAUGGGAGCAAAACCUGACCUGCUCUACUUCUAAAGUUUUAAUUUUCUGCCAGCCAGAUUUCUAAUUCAAUAGAUGCCCGUCUUGGCCAAUUAAUACAUGUCUUAAUGGUGCCUGAAUUAUUGGUGCUGAAUAGAGAUGAGAAACAUUUUUCAAACAACUUUUCCCAUCAAAAAUGGACAUUUUAACUAAAAUUGAUAUUUUCACUAAACAUUAUCCAAUGUUCCAUUACUUUUUUUUUUAAAAAAAAAGAGGGUUUUUUUUCCAUUCAAGGAAAACUGGUUGUUUUUUUAGAUAAGAAAAUGUUGAGACUGAUUUAGAUAUAAAAUGUCACAAAACUGGAAAAUGGGUCCAUUUUUAAUGUUUGGAAUAAAAGCAAACUGAAGGAGACUGAGGGGGCAUCUGAUAACAGUUGUCAAAUAAGUGCAGUAAAGAGGACAGUGAUCACUU